AUGCCCCUUCUCCAACGAUCCAGCUCGGCGUCCUACCCCACUUAUCAAUCCGCCGCUCGUUCGCCCGUCGCUUCCACCUCGACGUCCAGACUCGUUCAACGGGACGAGCAAGAUCAUGACGCGUCUGCGCCGAUGAGCAUGACCGUAGCGGUCGAGAAGGGCAAAGGAAGGGCAGUGGAGGAUAUGACUAUGGCUGGGAGUGGGUCGGGGAGUGGAGCCGGGGAUGGGGACGGGAGGCCGGUUGUGCAGAGGGUGAACAAGGUCGAGGUGUGGACCGUGCAGUGGAGGGAGCCGCAGCAUCGCAAGAACAAGACGUGGGAGAGGUGAGUGGGGAGAGUGGGGAUAGAUGAUAGUGCUCGGGCGGGAGCUGAUGGUGUUCGUUCGUAUGAACUUUAUGGGACGUUGUGGGCGUUAAUCGAAUUGAUGUUACCAGGGACGGGGUGAGCACUCGGAGACGAUCUGACCAAAGCCCGUCGCGAGAGGGCCGAAACUGACCAAGGCAUCUUCCUGCUGCUCCUUUGCAUCAUCUACAACCACCAAUAACCCGCUACCCACCACAGUUCCUCAUCAUCAAAGGAUCAUCAGCCACUCUGAGGGACGAGAAUGGAAAGACGUGAGUGACGAGGCUGGCGAAGAUUUUGAGCGAGCGAAAAAUGGUUCUGACUUGCCCAAACGAUCGUUCCACAGGCUCGGCUCAACGACGCUUUCUAUGCCCGUUGUGGCCGAGCUCGAGCUUAAAGUUGGUGGAAGAGAGUGCAAGGUGCGUCCACAUUGAUCUCACUGCCGAACCUCCAGAAGAGCAAAUUCUGACGGCUUCUUCGCACUUGCAGAUCGACGAUACCAUUACCUACGCCGAAUACGUGCGACAAUUCCAUGACUCGUCCAUCGUUGUGUCAGCUUACCCCAGCGCUGGAUCACCCUCGAUAUUGCGUGCGCCAAUGCCCGGGGCUAUCACGCCAGGGGGUGGAACCCCUCGAGCGCUACCGCGACCGACCCCGAGCAAACCUUCUGGACUGGCGAGCGUGAUGACUGCGACGAAAUUGCCCGUUGCAGACCAGGGUGCAAGGGUAAGAGAGGCAAUGUCAAUGGGAAUGGGGAUGGCGUCGGCUUCCAGUUCGGUGAUAGGGGUCAAGAGGCACACGAGCAGGGAGAACGAGGAUCCCAUCCGAGCUGUUGAUCACGAUAAAGGUACCGGAGGAUACGAGUCCGACUUGAAGAGGAUCAGGAGGGAGGAUGAGACCCAACCGGGAAGGAGGAUAGACGCGACUCGAGUGAUCGAUCGAACCAACGUCGAUGGGCCGAGAUUGAUGGCCACGCCACCAGCAGCGCAAGAGCCCGUCAAGAAGGCAGGGAAGGAGUACCUGGUCAGUGUAGCCUGAGGACCUUUCCUUGCAAGUAUAUCACCUCAAUUUGCGCCGGACUUGUUGCAGUGCCAAUAUCGGAAGUAUUCGACCAAAACGAACCCCACCUGGGAGGGGGACGGCGUAAGCAGCCAACGCUUCCCACCAGGACUGAUCGAGAGCCCGCUGACAGGGUCGUGCUCGUGGCUCACAUAGAUUCUGAUCGUCACCGGUACCUCUGGAUCACUCAAGGAUCGUGAGACGAGAAAGACGUGAGCGAUUCCAGUGGGCUUUGGGCGCUCUGAUGCACAUGAACUAAGGCUCCAAGCAUCGGUCGCAGCAUCACCAAUGGCGCCAUUGGGCCCAAGGUCCGACUCGAUCCGGAACAACAGAUCAACAUGGGCGGUUACACACUUGAGAUCGAAUCUGAAUUCACUGCAGCACCGACGGCCACCAUCCCGAUUGUCGCCCCGUCCGCUCGCCCCCCACCAGUCAGGAACAUGGCCUCUAUGAAGCCGCCAGCUCGACCACCGCCAUCGAUCUUCGACCCGAUCGCUGUCGCCGCCUCCAUACCUUCGAGCAACUUUUACAUACCUGGAGUGACCCCUCAAGCGAGCAAGGCUUUCCAAGAUCCGACGCAUGGAAUGGGAUCGGCUGGGAAAGGCAAGGGCAAGCCUGAGUUGGGUCCACAGCCGAGGUUCGAUCCCACCAAGGCCGGUGCAGUGGUGAUGAGACGACCUGAUGAGGAGCACGAAUUGGCUUAUAACAGAAAGUGAGUCACGCUGCAUGAAAAUCCCCGCGAAGCAAGUACUCACUGGCCGUAUUCGUUCGGUACGCGGCGGACUCAGGGGCUUGCCCGUGGUUGAUGUUGUUCUCGACCCACAACUGGGCGAUCGACUGCGGGACCAUCAAAAGGAGUACGUAAACAACUGGGUCCAGACGUAGAAUCGCUUGGUGUUCAUCUUGGGGCGUUGAUGGUGUCGCACAGAGGCGUCAAGUUCAUGUACGAAGCCGUGAUGGGCAUGCGUGGAGAAGGGCAAGGCUGUAUUCUCGCCGACGAGAUGGGACUCGGCAAAUCCGUCCAGGCGAUCAGUCUGAUAUGGACACUGCUGAGUGAGUCCAAGUCCGAGUCCAGGCCUGUUUCCCAUAUGGGAUGUCGGCCUGAGAGAAGACUUGAUUUCACAGAGCAAAACCCAUACUGGGGAAGCGGGACAGGCGUGAUACAACGCGCCAUGAUUGUCUGCCCCGUGACGCUCGUGAAGGUAGGUCCCUGGCGGCCUUCACUCGAGUAUGCAACCUCCCCGUUGCUGACCACAAUCCAUCCAACCAGAACUGGAGUCGCGAGAUACGUCUGUGGCUGGGCUACGACCUUCUCCGACCUUUCAUCGCCGAUUCCGGGGCCAACAUCAAGUCCUUCUGCGCGACCAAAUCCUACAACCUGCUCAUCAUCGGCUACGAGCGGGUCAGUCGCGAUAAAUGCUCUGUGUCGAGUAAAUUUGUUGCUAAAGCACGGCGCGUUCCCCAUGCAGCUUAGGACUGUUAUCGACGACAUCAAAGCUGUACAACCUCCGAUCGGACUGAUCAUCUGCGAUGAAGGUUUGUUAUAUAAUCCUCAAGACGUACUGGGACCUUGGACCCUGACACAAGCCCCUCACCUCCCUCAGGCCAUCGCCUCAAGUCCUCCGACGCCAAGAUCUCUAAAGCGCUGCGCUCCCUCUCCUGCAAGCGCCGUGUCAUCCUCUCGGGUACGCCGAUCCAGAACGACUUGCAAGAGUACCAUUCGAUGGUCGGUACGUAGAUCCAAUUCACCUUCUGAAUCCUGCACCAGCCGCUCAAUAACAAAACAUAACAUUUGAUGCGCACAGAUUUCGUCAAUCCGGGCUUGCUCGACUCGUAUUCUGUGUUCAAGAAGCGUGAGUCUGAGAACACGCGCCGCCAAGUGUUCAGAUUGCUCAAGUCUGGCGGCACAAUUUUGAAUCCACAGAUUUCGAGAAUGCGAUCAUCAAGUCGCGUGAGCCAGGUGCGAGUGCCAAGGACAAGAAGGUCGGCGAGGACCGCUCGAAGCAACUCACUCGUAUCGGGACGGCGUUCCUCCUCCGUCGAGCGGGCGACGUUAUCGCCAAGUACCUGCCUCCGAAACUCGAAUACACCGUCUUCAUCGCCCCCACGCCUCUCGAGGUUUCCAUCUACGAAGAGAUCCUCAUUGGGUCGGCUGCGAGGGCACUGCAAGAAGGCUCGAUCACGGAGCAAUUGUCGUUGUUGAUGGUUUUGAGGCAAUUGUGCAACACGCCUGGUUUGUUGAUGCAGUCGAUCGAACAGAACAAGAAGGUCGAUGCGCUCAAGAAGCCGGUCGUCGAGUUGCUCCGGAAGGCGGGGAACGAUUCGUACGAUUUCGCGUUGUCGGGUAGGUGAUCCUCUGCCUGACAUGGCGAUCCAACCAAACGGGCUCACUCACACAAUAGCAUGCGCCUCCCAGGUAAACUGCUCGCCCUCGGCACCCUCUUGCACCAACUGCGUUCGAUCCAAGGCGAAAAAAUCGUCGUCGUGUCCAAUUUCGUCCAGACGCUCAACAUCAUCGAGCGCCACUGUCGGCAGAAGAGGUACCCUUUCAGUCGAUUGGACGGCAACACGCCGCAAGCUGAGAGGAUUGCAUUGGUCGAGGCGUUCAACAGGGGCAAGAAUGCAACGAGUUGUGCGUGCUUCUCUGACGGCGUGUCGAGUGAAGGUCGCAGACUAAUUUUGCGGUACCACGACAGUCGUUUUUCUUUUGUCGAGCAAAGCGGGUGGAACGGGGCUGAAUAGUAAGUUGGGCUCUUUGAGGUCCUCAAGUUCGUGCGCCGCUGUGCUGACCCCUGCCCCGAUUAUUUAAAAAGUCACCGGAGCCUCCCGUCUCGUCCUCAUCGACAGCGAUUGGAACCCUUCGACGGAUCAACAAGCCAUGGCUCGCAUCCACCGUGAAGGGCAAAAGAAGCAAUGCGUGAGUUGGUCGACUGCUCCCAUUCGACCGCGAAAGACGGCACUGAGACACCUUCUUGUUGCAUCAGGUCAUCUAUCGCUUCCUCACGGCCGGUACGAUCGACGAAAAGAUCUUUCAACGUCAAGUCACCAAGAUGGGGCUGUCGACGUCGUUGAUGGUGAGUUUUUGCGCGGUUGUACACACGCAUCUGCCUCGAAGAAACUGAUGGUCGAACCUCGCAGGACGAUGGCCAAUCGGGUGGAGCGGGCAAGGCGGACUCGUUCACCCCUGAUGAUGUACGUUGCUCCUCACGGUAUUCUUAUACCACGCAACAUGGCUGACAUCUCGUUCUGGAUCGCGCAUGUCACAGCUGCGCAGCAUCUUCAAAUUGCACCAAGGCGUCGCGUGCCAAACGCACGACCUGCUCGGGUGCAAAUGCCACCUCGAUCUCGACAACGACGACGAAGAGGGCGCAGCUCGAAUGGAAGCCGACCUCGGACCAACUUUCGAAGACCCUUCCUCCUCCUUUCAAGCUUUUGAACCCCCGGGAUUCACUCAAGCCUCCCAAUUCCACGCCCUGGGUGGUGGUUUCGACCUCGAAACUGUCCAGCGCGACGAAUCGCGUCGAUUGGGGAUGUUGAACAAUUGGGCGCAUUACAAUUGUUGCGACGAAGGGUCCGUGGAUGAGAUUGAGGAUACGUUGUUGAGGUCGGUGGUUUAUCAGAGGGUUAUUGAGGCUGUGGAUGGGGCAGAGGGGAGUGUGCCGGAGGGGAGGGCGACGUAUAGGUUGAGAGGAGGUGAGUUUGUGGCAUUGGCCAAGGUGGCUUGCUCACACAUUCAUGAGCAAGGUGCUGACUACUGCAGUUAUGUUGUGCGAUAGGUCAAGUCGGAUUCGUGUUUGGUAAGAAGAGCGGUUAA